GCCUAUUGAAACCGAAACGAAUAAAUAUGAAAACGGCUUGCCAUACACGCUCCGUAGCAGAUACUGGAAACCGAAUUGAAAUAUUUACUUUCUGAACCUGUCACCGAACGCUUUGGACAACGGUCCGGCGUUCAUUGGGUCCGCGGGCGGUGAGUCCAUCAAAUCAGGUUUCGGGGAGGCGCACGAGGGGGAUCUCGGCGGAUCUCGGAUCUCUUGAAGAUUUCUCCACGAGCUCCGCCAGAUGAGCGUUUCCGGCGAGCGCCCGAGUGCCAAAACAACGAGCCGCGGCCAGCUCCGAGCUGCUGUUACGCGUGUUUCCUUUGUUUGCUCUAAAGCUCUGGCAACGGGUUGGAAAACAAUAAAAGGCACGCCUUGAGAGCAGCAGCACCGGCACGGUUUUUGAAAUGUAAAAGCAUUAUUUCAAAUGGCGGAGGAUCUCAUUAUCAGGAUUACAGCGUCGGGGAGAACUGGGAUCAACUAAAUGGUGCAUCUGAUUUACAUCAACUACUUGUCUAAUAAUGCUCUUUAAUUCUACCUGUGAGGCUUAUGACAAUCCAGUGUCCUACUUCUACAACAAGACUGGCAAGCCCAUCAGCACUAACUGGCGCACUCAUGACUUUAUCGUGGUGGGCCUCGGGCUCCCGAUCUGUGUCUUUAUUAUUCUGGCCAAUAUGUUGGUCAUAGCGGCCAUAAUCGUCAACCGGCAGUUCCACUUUCCCAUUUAUUACCUACUUGGGAACAUGGCGGCGGCGGACCUCUUCGCCGGCAUCUCGUAUCUCUACCUGGUGUUUCACACCGGCCCGUGGACCAUCGGUUUGACCAUCAAAGAGUGGUUCAUUCGCGGCGCUUUGAUCAACAUGAGCCUGACCGCGUCUGUGGUCAACCUGCUGGCGGUGGCUGUGGAGCGCCAUCAGACCAUUUUCACCAUGCAGCUGCACAGCACCAUGACCAGGAGGCGCGUGGUGAUGCUGAUAGUCACCAUCUGGUUGGUGGCCGUCGUCAUGGGUUUGGUGCCCACCAUGGGCUGGAACUGUGUCUGCGACCUGUCCACCUGCUGCACGGUUGCGCCGCUGUAUUCCCGCAGCUUCCUAGUGUCCUGGGCCAUCCUCAACCUCAUGGCCUUCUUCAUCAUGGUGGCCGUUUACACGCACAUCUUCAUCUACGUUCGCCGGCGGAGCCAAGUAAUGUCCCCGCACACGGAUCAGCCCUCGAACAAUCAGACCGUUAUCAGCCUCAUGAAGACCAUGUCUAUGAUUCUGGGAGCCUUCGUGAUCUGUUGGACUCCAGGCCUUGUGAUCUUGUUGCUGGACGGCCUCAGCUGCAGUGAAUGUCAGGUUCUCAAAUACGAAAAGUACUGCCUGGUUCUGGCCGAGUGUAACUCUCUGGUGAACCCCAUCAUCUACUCGUUCCGGGACGAGGACAUGAGGACCACCUACAAACGCAUUCUCUGCUUCCCUUGGAGAAGAAUGCGCCAGCACGAGGGGCCUUCUGGCAUCCGCUUCGAGCCUGUGAAAACAGGGGCACCCUCCGAGAAAAACAGCAAUAACUCCAUCAGUUUAGAGCCCAGUUCGCCACAAAGCCUAUUGUCUUCAUAGAAAAAGUAUUUGUCAGUGUAAAUAAAUGACUUUGUAUUUGCUUAGUGAAAUGAUCACAGCUUGUACAAAGAGUAAAUAAUACUUCAUUUUU